AUGAAUGAAGACAAGGCCACGGCUGUGCUGCCCGACCAUGUCGAAGACGACGGCCUCAAGCCGGACAUCGAGGCCAAGGACCGCGACACCUCUCUCACGGCUAUCGGUGGCCGUGCCGGCGUCAACGACCGGCGGGACAACGCCUUGUACCAAGAGGCUCUGGCCCGCUACCCCAACGACGCCGCCAUCGACCCGGCCGACGAGAAGAAGCUCGUGCGCAAGCUCGACCGCCGCCUGCUCUGGAUCCUGGGCGUGUGCUACUUCUUCUACUACGUCGACAAGACCACGCUGUCGUAUGCCGCCAUCUUCGGCAUCAAGACGGACCUGCAUCUGGUCGGGGACGAGUACUCGUGGCUGUCCAGCGUCUUCUACUUUGGCUGGCUCGUCUGGUCCAUCCCCUCGAACCUGCUGCUGCAGCGCUCGCCGCCCGCCUACUACCUGGCCCUCAACAUCUUUCUGUGGGGCGUCUUUCUGAUGGUCCAGGCCGCCGUGAACAGCUUCGCCUCGCUGGCCGUCCUGCGCGUCAUCUCGGGCGCCUUUGAGGCCAUUGCCGACCCGGCCUUUAUGCUCUUCACGUCCAUGUUCUACACCAAGGACGAGCAGCCCUGGCGCAUCUCGGCCUGGUACCUGUGGAACGGCCUGGGCGUCGCCGGCGGCGGCAUCCUGGGCUACGGCAUCGGCCAGAUCCACGGCCACCUGGCCUCGUGGCGCUACGAGUUUCUGAUUGUCGGCGCCCUCUGCGCCGCCUGGGGCUUGGCCCUGUUCGUCUUGCUGCCCAACGCCCCGGGGCAGUUCCGCGGCUUUUCGCACGACGAAUCGCUGCUGCUGAUUGCCCGCAUGCGCCGCAACCAGUCGACCUUUGAGCAGACGCGGGUCAACUGGCGCCACAUCCGCGAGGCCCUGCUGGACUACAAGACGUGGCUGUUUUUCCUGCUGGGCUUCGUCUCGGCCGUGCCCAACGGCGGCAUCUCCAACUUCUCGACGCUCGUCAUCCAGGGCCUCGGCUUCGACACGCUGCACACGGCCCUGCUGGGCAUCCCGCAGGGCUUCACCGUCGUCGUCUGGAUCCUGCUGGGGGCCCUGGCCAACCACUAUAUGCCGCCCAACAGCCGCACGCUCGUCUGUGCCGUUUUUAUGCUGCCCACCAUCGCCGGUGCCCUGGGCUUUCUGCUCGCCCCGGACGACGCCUAUGUGGGCCGUCUCAUCUGCUUCUACCUCACCGGCUCGUACCAGGCCUCCUUUGUCAUCUGUCUCUCCCUCGUCACCAGCAACACCGGCGGCCAGUCCAAGAAGAUGAUUGUCUCCGGCAUCAUCUGGCUCGGUUCCUGCAUCGGCUCCAUUUCGAGCCCCUUCUUCUACAAGGCCGACCAGGCGCCCAAGUACGCCCUCGGCAUUGGCUCCCUGCUGGUGACCAACAUUAUCGAGCUCCUCCUCUUCUUUGUCUUUCGCUACUCCUUUAUCUACGAGAACAAGCGCAAGCAGCGCCAGCGGGCGGCGCUCCGGGCCGCUGGUGGGGAUGCAGAUGCAGGUGCCUCCACUGUUCCUGGACUUAACGAGACGGCCUUUGGCGACCUGACCGACAGAGAGAACCCCAACUUUGUGUAUGUAUACUAG